GAAGUCAAGGUAAAUUGGGCGACAACUCCUAGCAGUCAGAAGAAAGAUACAUCUAAUCACUUUCAUGUUUUUGUGGGAGAUUUGAGCCCUGAAAUCACAACUGAUGACAUCAGAGCUGCAUUUGCACCUUUUGGGAAAAUCUCGUAAGUUCCAUGAAGUCACACCUUUCUAUGGAAUAUGUUUUGCUUUUGUCUGAAUAAUGUCGAGUGGUGGUGUGAGGUUACUUUGAGUCAUAUGACCUCGCUCUUUAUCUUUUUUAACCCCUGUUUUCCCUAAAACCGUGGAAACAAUUUCAUAGAUUUAUUUAUUUUAUUUUGGUUACCUUUGGUUGUUGAUAGUUGUUAACAUAUUUGCUAAUUUUAGGAAUAAAUUGAUGCAAAGAUGAGCAUUUACUUUACGUUUGUCAUUUGUGCUGGGAUUAGCUGGCACUUUAGUCACAUUUCUGUCAGUAAUGAAAGCUUUAUUUCUCCUUGAUAAAUGUAAUAGUCCCAUAAUCAAUAUUGUCAGCAAGCACAGGGCAGUAUAGUCAAUAUUGUGUACCCAGAUCGAUCUGUUGUAAAGUGCACCUUAAAAAUUUUCAUCACUUCACUGCUUUUCUGAAAUUGGUAAGUAGUUUUGAUUUACAUAAAUUAAAUUUGUAGUUGUCAACACACAAAAAAACAUUAUGCACUGCUACUCUGCAAAAAUUUCAGUCUCCUUUAGCUCUGAGUGUCAGUUAAUAGAGCUCUGGUUAUUUUACAGAAAUGCUCAUAGGAUUGGACAGGAGCUUGAAGGCUAACAGCAAGGAACUGUGCACUCUGGGAACUCAGAUGUAGAUUUUUUUUCUAUUUACUCUUUGCUUUUCAUAUUUGUAUACUGCAAUAUUUUUCAAUUAACGCUGACGUAGUGUAGACUUUUAACAAUCCCUAGAUAAUUCAUGAAUAUCUGCUUGUAAAUUUGUUUUAUGAUGGUUUUCCUAGUUGUGUUUUGAUAGUUUGAUUCUCCUAAAAUUCUGAAAAUGUUAAUUUCUCGAAAUUUUCAGCUUCCCAAACUCCAUAUUGGUGGUAAAGAAUUGACCAGGAAAAAUAAAGAAAUCUGUUAACAGGCCAUGGAUGCACGAGUGGUGAAGGAUAUGACAACAGGGAAAUCAAAGGGGUAUGGAUUUGUGUCCUUCUAUAACAAACUGGAUGCUGAGAAUGCUAUAGUACACAUGGGCGGUCAGUGGCUUGGUGGACGGCAAAUCCGGACUAACUGGGCAACUCGGAAACCACCCGCCCCCAAGAGUGUGCAAGAAAACAGCUCCAAGCAGCUUAGGUUUGAUGAGGUGGUAAACCAAUCGAGUCCUCAGAACUGCACAGUGUACUGCGGGGGCAUUCAGUCAGGUCUCACAGAACACCUUAUGCGACAGACGUUUUCUCCUUUCGGACAGAUAAUGGAGAUCAGAGUUUUCCCGGAGAAGGGUUAUUCUUUUAUCAGGUUCUCCUCUCAUGAAAGUGCUGCUCAUGCCAUCGUCUCAGUGAAUGGUACCACCAUCGAAGGUCAUGUUGUGAAGUGCUACUGGGGCAAAGAGUCACCUGACAUGGCCAAAAAUGUCCAACCGAUGGAGUACGGUCAGUGGGGACAUUGGAAUCAAAUGUACAGCAAUCCUCAACAAUACGGUCAGUACAUGACGAAUGGCUGGCAAGUACCAUCCUAUGGAAUGUACGGACAAACAUGGAAUCAGCAAGGAUUUGGUGUAGAACAAUCACAGUCUCCUGCCUGGGUGGGAGGCUUUGGGACACAACCCUCUCAGGCUCAGCCUGGCCCAGUGAUGAACCAGGCUAACUUUGGCAUGGCCGGGUACCAGACACAGUGAUCUGACCUUCGUUCUCUAUUAUACACACUAUAAACUGAUAAUUGCACAUCAUCUUUUCCCUACAAGCUUUGGAUGGGGAGGAAUCCUUUAUUGUAAAGAUGCAAAUUUAGAUUAGAGGCAAUUGAGAUGAGCGCCUUCAAUGGAGAUCUGAAUUCAUUCAUGAGAUUUGUUCCUGUUUUAGUGGAAUUGGAGAUGUAUUAUAUCUCUUGUAUCCCCACCAUUUUUUACUGCAUAUCUUGAGGAAAACUGCUGAUUUUCCCUUAAAUCCCAGCUUCAGGAACUUCACAGGUACAUUG